CGUCACUUGGCGCAGGUUGCGCUCUUCUUGUUGUCGGUGCGUAAACUCGCCAACUUCGAUUCACUUCAGCCGUGGACGCGUCCAACGCACCACGGCGAGUUCCAGAGGAACAGACCUGGGGUUGUCCCAUGUGCACUAGUGGUGACACAUGACCACAUUCACCGUGACGCGCAAUCAUUUGGACAUCCCUGCGUCAUUGGCAGCGUCCAGUGCACCACCAUCAUGGCCUCUGCCGCAUCCGUCAGCCGCGCCAGCCGCUCCGCCGCCCGCCGCAGCUCCGCCGCCGGCCUGUCCGCCUCCAGCAGCAGCCCGACGCGCCUGUCGCGCGUCCACGAGAAGGAUGAGCUCCGACAGCUCAACGACCGCCUCGCCAACUACAUCCAGCGGGUUCAGGAUCUGGAAGGCGAGAGGUCCUCCAUGCUGAGUCAGCUGGAGGAGAAGGACGAAUCGAAAAGCCGCGAGAUGGGCAACGUGCGGCGGCUAUACGAGGAGGAGUUGGCCGACGUGAGGAAGUCGCUGGACGGCCUGGCCGGGGAGAGGGCCCGCCUGCAGAUCGACUACGGGAAUCUCUGCGAGGACUACAGGAAACUGCAGGCCGGGAACCAGAAAAAGGGGAGCGAUUUGGCGAAUGCGUUGGUUCAGUGGAGGAAAGUUGAGGCAUCUCUCGGCUCCAGGGACGCUGAAUGCACUAAGCUGCUGUCGGAGAACAGGAGACUCACGGACGACUUUGCUGACCUGCAAGGCCAGCUGGAAAAUGUGGAGGGCGUUCUAUCGGAUGCCAAAAACCAGCUCAGCUCCGAGAUUCUGAGGAGGGUAGACAUGGAGAACCAGGUGCAGACGCUCAAAGAGCAGAUGGAACUCCAGAGAAACAUCAGUGAGCAGGAAGUUUUGGAGAUCCGAAGCCGGUACGAGAGUCGCCUGGUAGAGGUGGACUCAGGGAGACGGAGAGAGUUUGAGCAUAAACUGACUGAGGCGAUGCAGCAGCUCCGCCAGGACCACGAGUCUCAGCUGCUGCAGUACAAGGAAGAGAUCGACAAGACCUUCAGUUCAAAGUUAGAGAAUGCCCAGCAGGCUGCACUGGAGAAAAAUGACAUUAUGUCAGCCACCAAAGACGAACUGGGAACCACUAGGCUCAGAAUAGAGGCCCUCAGCUCCCAGCUCCAGCAGAGCCAGAAAGACAAAAUGGUGCUGGAGAGCAGCUAUCAGGAGCUGGAGAGGACUUUGGACAGGGAGCGGGAGGUUUGGCAGCAGAGACUUGGUCAGAAGGAGCAGGAGCUGCUGAACAUGAGGAGCCAAAUGUACAGCCAGCUGGAAGAAUAUGAGAACCUGCUGGACGUCAAGGUGGCUCUGGACAUGGAGAUCAAUGCCUACAGGAAGAUGCUGGAGGUGGAGGAGCAGAGGUUGCAGCUGUCCCCCAGCCCCUCCCAGCGUACGACCAUACCUCGAACCCAUGAAUACAGCAGCCGGAAAGUCAGAGGGAAGAAACGGAAACACGAGGGAACCUCUGGCACCUCGCCCGCCUACAAAAUGUCCAGCCGAUCAACAGACCGCAGUGCUUUGAGCGUAGCAGAUGUCGACAUGGACGGAAAAUAUGUCAGGCUGAAGAACAACUCUGACACAGAGCAGCCACUGGGCGGUUGGGUAAUUCGAAGGAUUUAUCCAGACUCUAGAGACAUAUCCUUCCACAUCCCCUCCUCCUGUGUCCUGGCUGGUGGGCAGACACUCACAAUCUGGGCAGCAGGAGCAGAGGUGGAAGUUGAUUCUGGGGACCUGGUUCUGCAGGGCCACAAGAGCUGGGGCUCCACUCCUGAUGUAAGGGUUGUCCUCCUGAACCCCAACCUCGAGGAGAUGGCUGAGCGCCAGGUGUGUUUGAUGGGCAGAGGGGACGAGGAAACUCGACUGGAAUUUGAUGAAGAAAUUGUUGCAGGCAGUGACAUCCAGCAUUUUCGGAAACCGAAGCCAAAGAGAAAGAAGUGUUGUUCUGUGUCUUGAGUGCAGAGCAGACAGUAGGAUCUAUCUGAAGAGGCAAGCUGUAUUGUCAUGUGAUAGCGUGUUCAUUUCCUGCUGUCCUUCACAUCUGCCCGGAAAACUCUGGACUGGCUCAGGCCUCUGAGAACAAAUCUCUGCUGAUGUGUGGUUCCAGUCCUGUCUCAUACAGAACUUUUUCUUUGUGAUAAACUACAGUAGUACACUGACAUGUUAGUAUGACAGUGAAUAGCUCGGAGGCCUUAGAAUAACUGUAUUAUCCUCGGUAUUCUUCCCUAGUUUCAUCUCUAACUGCAAUACAAAUGAGCUUUGCCUUGGUUUUAUCUAAAUGAAAUGAGUGUGUGAAAUAUAAAUGUUGGUGUAAUAAAGUUUAUAAUAUAUGGCACACUUGUUUCCAAGAUUUAAUAACGUUUAAUACAGAAAAUGCAGUAAUAGUUGAAUUUGGCAAGAAAAGCCAUUUUCCUGGAGAUGGUCACACGCAGUGUGCAGAGAAAGCGAGGGAGCUAGCAAAGGAAGUUUGAAUUGGUUUGUGUUUAGCUGAGGAACUAAGGUCAAUAACGCAAAUUGUCCAGUCAAACAGAACAAGAUGACAUUGUGGUGUGCAACAAACAAACCAUCAAAAGCGUUAACUUCAUUUCCUGAACCGAGGUGGAGAGAUGCACAUUUUUCCACAGCCUAGUGACUCACAUUGGAAUUAAAGUCCUGGUACAAUUCUGGAUUUGUUGAAAAAUUUAGAUUAUGCAUAAAACUACUGUGAUUUGUCCAGGCAUAAUUGAAUUUGAGGAGACUGUGCCAUUCUAGUUUAAGGGCAUUUUCACACUUGAAAGUGGGUUCAGGAGGUUUUAACAAUUCAGACAAAACUUUGAACCCUUCUCUCCCUCUCACUAUCCUCACUACUCCUCAGAUUAGUGAUCAGGGAGCCAGAGUAAAGCCUAGACAGGCAGGGGUGGAUGUCGCCCUACACCGGGAACUUCACCUUACGCUGCUUAUCUCCUCUCUUUCACUUUUCUUCUCCCCCCUCUCUUUCCGCUACUCCUCUUCCUGACCACAUCUUCUCUCUCCCCGAUGUUUUCCCCUGUUGCCCUAACGAUGACUAUUUUUGUAAUUUGAAGUAUCAGUCUGGUAGAGAUUAAAAGCAACUGUUAUACAA